CGCAGACAGUUUUUGCUCAAAUUAGACUUAGAAAAGCGCUUUUUAUGAAAGUAUUGUUUGCAUUAUGUUCAGCAUUCAGAACAAUUGGAGCAAUUUACUGUAUUUUGCCAUUAAGAUUUCACUUUUUGUAUACAAAUAGUUCAUUGCUAGAGCGAUAAAUUUCUCAAAAAACUCAGAUUAGCAAUUUCAUUGUAACGCAGGGUAACACUUGAUAUUUCAGAAAAUCGCCAAUUUUUCAGACAUAACGAACUCAUUUUCUGAAUUUUCUCUAUUAUUGGCGGAGGAAAGCGCGCACGGUCGUUCCUAUCGACUAUCGAGCAAAUUGGAGGACAAAAUGAUAUUAACGUGGACGCACCUUUGAAAGCUUGCAACUCGAAAACUAGGACGAUUUGGGCAAUAGUUUAUCAGGGUUAUUUUUCGCUCAAAAUGACCCCAAGAAGCCGGUUUGCGGAAAAUUGCACACUGAAUUUGUUAUAAUUGACAGUUUGCGAAUAAGAAAACCCUGUUUUUAUCCUAUUUUUAUCGCUUUAAAUUAAAAACAAACAAGACAAAUUUUAAAAAAUUGUCAAACGUCUCAAUUAUUUGUAUAACAAUUGCGAUUUAUUCACAUCAGCGACCAAAAAUCAAUCAAUCCAAUUAAUUCAUUAAUUGUCCAAUAGUGUUGAUAAUUAAAUCACGUCUUCGCACUAUUAAAAAUAAUUGCAUAACCCGAGCAGUUAUCGGUUUUUGGUAACUGUAUCAGGUAUUGGGCAAACUAGGCGUUGCUAACAUCCACCUGCGUGACUGCAGUUUCAAUUUUUUUAUAAUCCGCUCUUCGUCUAGCGGCCCCGCAAAAACGAAGAUGGCACUAAAUGGCUGUAGAAUAUUUGGUAGGAAAGCCCUGAAGAUUAGCAGUGAAAAUGAAAGUACCACCUUGGGACAUUUCUUCAGCAGGAUUCCGUUUUGGCUCUAUUAUAUGGUUCCCCCAUUACCUAUGCUGAUGGCCGAGUAUAUAAAGAAUAAGGCAUUCAUUAUCGCUAUUUUAUUGUUAGUGAGAAGGUGUGUGGUCAAUUGAAGACAUGGAAUUUAACUUAAGUCUUCAACUGCUGACUGUCCUGGCAACAGUUGCUCUUGCCGUGGGACAACAACAGCAGCAGCUGCAGCCAGUUGCUCCUCAACCCUCAGCCCCUCUUCUAGGAGUGCGUUACUCAGCAGCCACCGAUGUAUCCCACAUUUCAUUCAACUCGCCCCUGGUUACUUAUGGAUCGUCGCUGAAUGAAAUUCAAUUGCCCGCCGCUCCGGUGCAGCCGGCCAAUCUUAAGCAGCUGCCGCAGAGUGAGGAAGCCGCACCCUCACAGCCGAGUGAGGACCAGACUUUGCUGCGCAGCUUUGGAACUCAAGGGCAGACUCAGCAACUUCAAGCUGCAGCAACGCCCUCCAAUCAGCCGCAGUUCAUUUCAGUGCAGCAGUUCCCAGCAAAUCCUCAGCUUCAAGUUCAGCCUCAGAACUUACCUGGGAAUCAGCAACAGUCUGCAUCGAGGUACGCUGCUGCACAGCAGCAGCCUGUUCAAAACUACGCGCCCCAUCAGUUUCCAACAGUCCAAAGCCAGCAGCAACAGUAUCCGCAGUUCGCUCAACAACAAUCUGCCUUGGGAUACGAACCAAGACAGUUGCCAGCCAUUCAGAGUCAGCAGCAAUUUCCUCUUCCUCAAUCAUACGUUUCUUCUUCAGCGCAGCCUGUGCAGCAAUACUUUUCUCCACAAGGGCAAUAUGUGUUGCCUCAGCAGCAGCAACAGCAGCUGGCAAAUGCACUUCCUCAGCAGUAUUUGGGCCAGCCGCAGCAGCAACAGCAACUUGUGUCUUCAGCUCCCACUAGCAAUGGCUACUUUGCUACUGGUCCAUACGCUGCUCAAUACCAGCAACCAAAUCUACUUGCCCGUCAGCAAUAUCCUCAAACUGUUGCUGCGGCGCCUCAAUUUGUCUCCAGAGUGGCUUUCAACGGACCAACAACUGAUUUCAGUUAUAGCUUCUAGGUGAUAAAUAGAAAAAUAUGCUGAAACAUUAACGGUUCCUAUGCGUCUGUUUCCAUUAGGCGGACAAAGAUUGUACAUAAUAUAUUAUUUUAUUAAA